AUGCCCCUGAGAUCCUUGCGGGCGCUGCCGCUGCUGCUCGCCUCGCUGGGCGCGGUGUGCAUGGAGGAGAACAUCCCGGGUGCCAGCCUGGCCAUUCCCAGUUCCAGACCAGUCCAGCGGCGCUACUCCGAGGCCACCCUGGCCAGCGACUACAGCCGGACCAUGGACCACGUGCUCAAGAAGAACUUCGUGGAGUGGCUGCUGGCCAGGAGGGAGAAGAAAAGCGACAACGUCGUGGAGCCGUUCAAGAGGGAGGCCGAGCCCCAAAAAGCGGAGGUGGAUGGGGAAAAGUUGGAUUUGGGAGCUCAAGGAGCCAAAGAUUUCCUGGCCUGGCUUUGGAAAAACAAGGAAAACCAGAGUUUUCCAGCUCUGGAAGGCUCCGAGGGCCUGAGGGAAUUCCUGGAGCAGGAGUUUGUGGCGUGGCUGAUGUCGAGUGAGCUCUGCAGGGCCACGAUGGCGUAGCUCCAGGACUCUCCUGGGAAUUCCCUGCUCAUCCCACGGACACGGCAGGAGGAGGAAGAAGAGGAGGAAGA